AACCAUGGUUUAAUUGGACUAAUUUGGUCGUUCCUUCAAAUGCCAUAUCUCAUCACUCUUCCAUCGAUGGUCACCUCCGGAUUCCGGCGACACCCAGUUUAAUAUUCAUCUGGUUCUGUACAAUAAUACACUCCUAUAUACGUGCACGCGCCGCUGUACUAUAGUAGGCAAUACACACGCGUUUACGGCUGCUGUAAGGCAGAGCCAAAUUGAGAAUCUGAAGUUGUUGCUCUUUUGUUUUGUAUCGAGAAUCAGACGAUGUCGAAAUCAUUGCCCUAUUCAAUGAAAGAUGUGCACUACGAUAACGCCAAGUUCAGACAGCGAUCCGUAUCUCAGGUAAUUUCUCAGGUUCUAUUAACCAGUAAUGGGAAACGAGAUUAUUUGAAAUGUAGCACUGGGAAACUUCUCGUGUUACUGAUGCUUGGUGGUUUAGCAUAUCUAGUACUGACUAAUAAAAGUGCUGUCCAUCCCGUGUCUGAUGGUAUAGCAAAAAAUGAUGGAUCAAAGGAAGGAGAAAAUCUCAUGACUCAUGGAAGUGGUAAAUUCAGGAGAUUUUGGAGGAAACCACCUAGACUUCCACCCCGGUUAUCUCCUGAUGAAAUAAUUAGUAGGAAUAGAUCCAUUCAAGAGUCCAUGAAAAGAGAGGAGCCAGAAUGGGUGGCAAGACAACAGAAGGUGAAAGAUGCAUUUAUCCAUGCCUGGUCUGGAUACAAAGCCCAUGCCAUGGGUUAUGAUGAACUUAUGCCCUUAAGCCAUAGAGGGGUUAAUGGUUUAGGAGGUUUGGGAGCUACAAUUAUUGACGCUUUAGACACGGCUAUGAUUAUGGGAGCUGAUGAAGUCGUUCAUGAAGCAGGCUCGUGGAUUGAGAAACAUCUUCCUGAGAGGAUUGAAAAGAAAGGCCAAGUAAAUCUCUUUGAAACUACAAUACGACUUCUAGGUGGUCUUUUGAGUGCUUAUCACUUAAGUGGUGGAAGUCAAGGGAGAAUUCCAGAACAGAAAGGGCCUAAUCCAUCUAUUUACCUGGAAAAUGCUAAGAACUUGGCUGAUCGCCUACUUACUGCUUUUACAGCAAGUCCAUCCGAUAUUCCAUACAGUGAUGUAGUCCUGCGUGAAAAGUCUGCACAUCCUGCUCCUGAUGGUCUGAGUAGCACUGCGGAAGUUGCAACUAUACAGCUUGAAUUUAAUUAUCUUAGUUAUUUAACAGGUGAUCCAAAGUAUAGCACAGAAGCCAUGAAGGUUCUACAACAUAUAAAGACUUUGCCAAAGGUGGAGGGACUGGUCCCUAUAUACAUUAGCCCUCAAUCCGGACAGUUUAGUGGAGACAAUAUUAGACUUGGAUCUCGUGGUGAUAGCUAUUAUGAGUAUCUUAUCAAAGUGUGGCUUCAGCAGAAAGGAACUAACUUUUCAUACUUGUACGAUAUGUAUGUCGAAGCAAUUAAAGGUGUCAGGCACCUUCUUGUUCGCAAAUCUGUUCCAAAUGGCUUGGUCUUUGUGGGAGAAUUGCCAUAUGGGCAAGAAGGUGGUUUCAGUCCAAAGAUGGAUCACCUGGUGUGUUUCCUUCCUGGUACCCUAGCCCUUGGUGCUACAAAGGGGUUGACAAAGGAAAGAGCUAUGAGAGAGAACUUGCUCACUUUUGAAGAUAUGGAAAACCUAAAGCUUGCUGAAGAUCUGGCUAAGACUUGCGUGGAAAUAUACUCAGUAACCUCUACUGGCCUUGCUCCAGAAAUAGCUUAUUUCAAUAUUGAGGGAAAUUCUGAAGGUGGUCCUGGUGGUGGGAACAAAAGUUCGAAAUAUUUGAAUGACAUAAUCAUAAAGCCUGCUGAUCGUCACAAUCUUUUGCGCCCUGAAACUGUUGAAUCAUUGUUUUAUCUGUAUCGCAUUACUGGCGAUUCAAAGUAUCGUGAAUGGGGCUGGCAAAUUUUUGAGGCAUUUGAGAAGUACACUAAGAUUGAUUCUGGAGGUUACACUUCUCUUGACGAUGUUACUGUUAUUCCUCCACAAAGAAGAGACAAGAUGGAGACUUUUUUCUUGGGUGAAACACUCAAAUACAUCUAUUUGCUGUUCGGUAAUAGCACCACGAUCCCUUUGGAUGAGUAUGUAUUCAACACAGAAGCUCAUCCUAUUCCAAUAAUUUCUAGAAGUGUAUGAUUGAUACUUUGCUUGCAAGAAGAAAUAUUUUUUCCAGUAUUAGCGGAGAUUCAGAUGACCCAAGAGAACAUGUUUCAGCAAUCUCAGAUGGCAUUUUAAUUCGUUUAAGUCGGUUCAUUAGGUUGGAAGUGACCUCAUGGAAGCUUAUUCACAAAUGUUCCAUUUAGAUGAAGCUCCCUGAAAUUUCCAUCUGAAACUUCUACUCGAGUGAUACUUGAGGCGGGGAAUUUUCGAUGAACAUCUUGUUUGUGUAGUGCAUACAGAGAUAAUUACAAUUUUUAUUCAAGUGUUAAAGGCUUAAAGCUCUAUGUUGUUAUUCAGGGAAAGAACAGGAUAGUGUAAUCCUUCUGUAGUAAGUUGGAACUUAUUCUUGUAAUUGAUGUAUUACAUCUACAGCUUUGAUUUCUCCCUUUGGAGAUACAAAGAUUGAAUCAUUUAGCCUAACAUUUACACAAUGAGAUCAAUAUACAAUUGCUUUGAACCUCU